GUAAAGUGUCUGAGGUUGUAUUUUUUCAAAUUUCAAAGAUUGAGGCUACAAGGUUGCUGAUAUUCAAUCAGCAAACAUGUCUUACAAAUAAUUUAAGAGAUUUUUGUAAAUAAAAUAAUUCCUUUUUAUCAGCUUUUCCAGAAAACAUUCAUCUUCUUCUCAUGGCUGCCGAAAGAAUAAAUGAGAUAGUGCAUUUUAUGUGUGGUGUAUAUUCUUAGAAUUUUGCUGCAAACCCAAGCUUGUUAGAUUGCUUAAUCUAAGAUCUAGAUUUCUCAUUUGCUUUCUCAGCCCAGCUAAGCCUCUUUGAUCAGUCAUUCACUGUAUAAAAUACCCAAAAGACAGUUACCUUGGUGACAGCUUGUAAACUAAACAGCCAGAACCUAGCUCUCAAUAUCAGAAGGAUUUGUGUUGGAGCUCUAUAAUCAUGUUUCUUCCUUUCUUGAAAGUCUGUGUUGGCAUCAAAUUGAAGAAACUUUUUGACAACCUAUCAAAGCAAUAUACAGCAACUUCCUCCAGUGAGAAAGAACACUAAGAAAGAUAAUAAUGCUAACAAUCUUUCACAUAUUCUGAAUUCUCAUUCACCAUUCAGGAAAAUUGACCUCCAGGCAGAUGGUCAGUGGCAGGGAUACCUUAAGCAGUCUGAUUAUCACAUCCUCAGUAAUACAUCUGGAAGCUUCCCUGUGCGGUUGGGAUAUUCAUAUCCAUUACUCAGAAGAACAUUGCAUAGUCUAUGGCUACUCCGAAGCCCAAGAAAUUGAACUCCAGUUGAAAUGCAACAGACCUAAGGCAUAUAUCAAAAAUCUACCAAUUGUGCAACCCAUAAAGUACUAGUGAUCUCUGAGAAUAUAGAUAAUAUAAACAGCAGUUGUGAUUUCGAUUGUUCUGAUAGUUGUCUCAACCCAAGUGAAAUAUUUCCUGAAGCAAAAGAAUCAGAAUGUUAAUCUUUCAAGACAUAAAGAUAUUUUUAAGUCUUAAUGGUGCGGGAAAAAGAUUUAAGAAGUAAGAGUGUCCCUAAAUUAGAUUAAGCAAAGCAGAAUCAUCAGAGGUGAAAACAUCACAAGAAAAGUGUAAAAAAGGCUGCAUUUGGAAGUGCUGCUGUGCAGAACAAAACUAUCAAAGAUCAUAUUUUAAUGAUUUAAUACCUUAGUAGGUUUUGAAUCAUCUGAUGCUCCUGUUUGCCAAUCAGAUGGUUUGAAUAGAAAUGUAAUUGAAUCCAAAGCUGCUAAAAGCAAGAUUAUGCUUAUCCCAAAGAAGGAGCAUGCUGCCUAACAUAAACCAAAGCUUCAAUAUUUUUGCUCACAAGAAGAGUGGCAGAUAUAAAGGAAAUAACAGACAUCUUUUGAACACUAAACCGUGUACCAAAAUGACUCAGAAGUUAAUGAUUUGGGGCAAGAGUUCUAUUCAGCAUCAAAAUAAGAUAAAAAGUCCUAUUUCUCAUUCUUUAGGAUUGUCUCAUGAAGAAACUGAGAUAUCUUCAAAACUUCAGAAAAAUAAUCUGCAACAGGAGAAAAAAUGCUUCCAGCAUAAUGGUCAGAGUUCUACAAAGGAAAUGCUUCCCUGUAUUUCCCCAAGUUCUGUUAGUUUGAGAAAACCAAUCUCUCCAUUGCCUGUUGGACAAGCACAACUCCCAGUAGAGCAUUUGAAUCUGAAAUAUAGUGACAUGUUCAAGGAAAUACAUUCUAAUAGCAAAGGACCUGGCAUUUAUGAAAUGUUUGGGACCCCGGUAUAUUCCCGUAAGCCUGAUGGAUAUGGUGAGAAUAAGGGUAACAGGAAUGUGUGUUCUGCUCCAACUGGAUGGCAUAAUGAUAUGAAAUAUAAAUCUAACCGUUUCAAUGGGAAGAAGACUAGCAGAAUAAAAAGUCCCCAGAAGAAAACAUUCUCUAAAUCUCACAAGAGCCUUAGUAUUAAACCAAAGCUGAAGGAGAAGGAAGUUGCACCAAAAAAGGUGUCCAAGUUAAUAGACUGUGGUCUAGAACAGGGCAAAGAUGUAACUGUCUCUUUUGCUGAUCUGCAGAUUCAGCCAAAGGAGAGCACUGAGUCAAUUUGUGAAGAUCAGCAAGCUCAGAUUUUCACUGAAUUCCCUGAACCUGCUAAGCAAAAUGAAGUAUUUCCUAAUUCAGUCUUGUCACCAAUUGAAGAAGCUUCUUUGGAAUAUACUUCAGAUAAUGAUGAUGAAGAUAAAGAUGAUGCUUUUCCUAUGAAAGCAUUUGCCACCAAUGUUCAGGAGUUACUUUGGCCAGAAGUUAAAGUUCAUGCAGAAUACGCUCCUUUCUUAAGCUGUGUGAAAAAUAUAAAUGAACCAAAGAAUGCAAACAACAGUAGGACUUUAAGGGAUGGACAAAACAAAAUAGCUGAUUGCUUUGUGGAGCAGGAAGCUAGCCAGAUUUUACAGUAUAAUCAAAAGCUAUCUGCAUCCUUUUUUACAGACCAAAUAAGCUCAUUUUCUCUCAAAAAAUUCCAGCUUGAAAAUGUCAGUGUAGCAAAUAUGACAACUGCAUGGACUUACUAUCUUGCAAACUCAGUCCCUCAGUCAUAUACAAAUAUCUUUGGGUACAAAGAUUAUAAGGAAGUAACAGAAGACAUAUUCUGUUGCUCAGUCACUGAACUGCUUUCUCUGAGUGGGACAGAUGGCAACAAUUCUAGCUCAAUGACCAGAAAUACAAAUGUAGAGGCACAAAAUGGAGACUGGAGAACAGCAAAAGUUAAAAAUAAUAAGACUUUUUAUCUGGAUUUCAUGGGAUUUGAUGAAGAAAAUCCACUUCUACAUGAAACUGCAUUUUCAGAAAACAGUUUAAUUAACCAAGAAUGUAUCUUGUGGACUAAAGGUGAAAUCCUUGGAAAAGGAGCAUAUGGCACAGUAUACUGUGGACUUACAAGCCAAGGACAAUUAAUAGCUGUGAAACAAGUAGCACUGAAUGCAUGUGAUCAAGCUGGGAAUAAAAAGGAAUACCAGAAACUACAAGAAGAAGUUGAGAUUUUGAAAAACCUAACACACGUCAACAUUGUGGGGUACUUGGGAACAAGUUUAGAAAAUAACAUAGUAAGCAUCUUCAUGGAGUUUGUUCCUGGUGGUUCCAUUUCCAGUAUUAUUCAUCGCUUUGGGCCACUGUCAGAAAUGGUGUUUUGUAAAUAUACAAAACAGAUUGUACAAGGAGUUGCAUAUUUACAUGAAAACUGUGUGGUGCACAGAGACAUUAAAGGAAACAAUGUUAUGCUUAUGCCUAAUGGCACAAUCAAAGUAAUAGACUUUGGAUGUGCAAAGCGCUUAGCCUGUGUGAGUCUGACUAAUACACAUAGUGAACCACUGAAAUCUGUGCAUGGCACUCCAUAUUGGAUGGCACCAGAAGUGAUAAAUGAAUCUGGCUAUGGGAGGAAAUCAGAUAUCUGGAGCAUUGGCUGCACUGUUUUUGAGAUGGCCACUGGAAAGCCACCAUUGGCUGCCAUGGAUAAACUAGCAGCCAUGUUUUACAUAGCUGCUCACAAAGGACUUAUGCCUUCACUACCCAAACAGUGCUCAGACAAAGCAGUUGAUUUUGUACAUCUGUGCUUAACAAGGGACCAACAUGAGCGGCCAACUGCCUUAGAAUUGUUGCAACAUCCUUUCAUAAGAAACUCAUGACACCUGGCAAUGCUUCUAUCAAACAAAUAUAAACUAUUUCAUUUGUGUGGGAAAAUGUCUUCUAAAUUGAGAAAGUGUUGGUACAAAACUUGUAGAAGUUGCUGAAAUAGUAAAUCUUUUAUCUUUUCUGAAUGAACUUUGUAGCAUAGGAUUUAGUGUGUGUGUGUGUGUGUGUGUGUGUGUAUAAA